AUGGCGGACGGGAACUACCCCCCUACAGGACAAUGGAGCACUGGCUGGUGCGCCUGCUUCGACGACUGGAGUUCGUGCUGUUGCGUUUUCUGGUGUCCGUGUGUCGCCAUCGGCCGAAUUGCUGAGAUUGCGGAUGUCGGAGAAGCUGAUUCCACGCAGACAUGCCUCUUUUGGUACUUGAUUGAAGCCUUUUCCCGGUGCGGGUGUCUGUACUCCAUGGGAUACCGAAAGAAACUGAGGAUGAAGUAUGGUCUUCCUGCUGAUCCCUGUGGCGACAUCUGGAUGCACUGGUGUUGUACGCUCUGUGCUGUAAGCCAGGAGUAUCGCGAGCUCAUGAACCGCGGCUGGGACCCAGUCAUUGGUUACUCGGCAAACAAGAACAAAUCCCACCCUCCGCAGCAGUUCAUGCAGGCGAUGGAGGAGGCUUGCGCCUUGUGGUAUCUCAUAGAAUGUUGCCUCUGCGCUGGAUGCGUGUAUUCGUUCGGCUUCCGAACCAAGCUGAGGGCGAAGUACAACCUGCCUGGCGAUUCGGUGAACGACUUUUUCUUGCACUGGUUCUGCCAGUGGUGCGCCUUCUCCCAAGAAUACCGCGAGCUGAAGAACCGCGGAUGGAUUCCUGCGGAUGCACCCGCACAGGCACCGGCUCCAACCGCGCCUCCGCCUGUGCAAUUAAAGGCGGUGCCGAUGGGCUCGUGGACGACGGGGUGGUGCGGCUGCUUUGAGGACAUUAACGUUUGUUGCUGCUCUUUCUGGUGUCCCUGCGUCGCUUUCGGUCGAAUCGCCGAAAUCGUGACCGACGGUAACGUGGAUGCGCAGGAGGCGUGUUUGAUCUGGUGCUUCGUGGAUGCUUGCCUUCUGGCAGCAUGCGUAUAUUCAUUCGGUUUCCGAGCGAAGCUGAGGGCCAGGUACAACCUGCCCGGCGAUACCGUCAAGGAUUUCUUCCUGGACUGGUGCUGCGGGUUCUGCUCCUUCUCUCAGCAGUACCGCGAGCUCCAGAAUCGCGGAUGGGCUGUCGCAGACGGUUACAAGUCAAACAUUCAGCGGUUUCAAGCCGGGAACAACACGGCACCUGAGAGUCAGUUCAUGUCAAAGUAG